GAUAUUUGACAGCUGGCACAAGUAAAUAUGGCUGAAGAUAGUUUGAUUGAAAGCGAUGAAGAAAACAUUUUAUAUGAUUUACUGGUUAUUACUGAAUGGCCACCUGAAACGGACACACAGCAACGAGGCAACAGAGAAUACAGCAGCUCUUUUAUUGCAAAAGCAGUGACAGGACCAUUUCGGUUGAUUCUACACUAUUUGUGGUACAGCCCCACCAGCUCCUUUCUACCUCCCGGGCUUGUUCGAUUGUCCAACAAGCAGAUCAAUUGGCAGCUGGUUUUAUCAAGUAAUGGCAAACUGUUGGCAGUGGUGCAGGACCAGUGUGUGGAGAUAAGGUCUGUGAGGGAUGACUUUGGCUCGGUCAUCGGCAAGUGCCAGGUGCCCAAGGACCCAAGCCCACAGUGGCGCCGCGUGGCCUGGAGCUAUGACUGCACCCUGCUGGCCUACGCUGACAGCACCGGCACUGUGCGCCUAUUCGAUCUUAUGGGCAGUGAGCUGUUGGUCAUUCCCCCGGAGGUGAGCUUUCCUGGAGAUGUGAGCUGUGCUGUGGCAGGCUUGAUAUUUUUGGAGUACACGGCCAGUGCUCAGUGGUCCGCCGAACUGCUAGUGAUCACAUACGGAGGUGGGCUUAAGAGCUACCUGGUGAGUGUUGGAACAAAUCAAAACUUUCAGGAGAAUCACAGCUUCACUUUCUCCGGUCACUACUCUCAAGGCAUCACCUCAGCCGUCUACCACCCUGGACACCGGUUGCUGCUGGUCGGGGGCUGUGAGGCAGGAGAUGAGAGUCCAUCUAAAGCCUCGCGCUGUGGGAUCACGGCCUGGAGGGCUCUGUCUGGAUCUCCACAUUACAAACAAGUCACCAGCUAUGAGGACGACGUCAACACUAAUCCGAAACGUGGAUUUUUCCGGAUGCCAAGUUUUAGACUGUUCUCCAGACAAGGGGAUGAAAUGGACGGUGUUUUCCGCAUGAGCCUCAGCCCCGAUGGCACCCUGCUGGCGGUCAUCCACUUCUCUGGUCGCCUCUCUCUCUGGGACGUCCCCUCUCUCCGACAGAGGACCACAUGGAGCCAGGAACAACAGCCAGGAUUUGAGGAGAUCAACCCAGAGUGGAAGACAUCGCUGGAGAGAAGGAAGAAAAUAAAAGAUAAGGAGCAGUAUUACCCACUGGUGGACGUGAGCUGGUGGAGUGAUAAUGUCAUGAUUCUGGCCCGCUGCUCCGGUUCGGUCACGGUCUCCUCGGUCAGGACCCUCCGAAACCUCCUGGGGAAAUCCUGUGAGUGGUUCGAACCCUCACCCAGACUUACCACUGCGUAUGGUGGGGGCUUUCUCAGUCUUGAGUGUGAAGUGAAGCUGGCACAGAAGCGUGGGCGCCUGGAGAGCAGCCUGAGCACUGUGUCCAGUGAAGACGAGGACGCUGACGACGGAGGAGACUCUGACUCAGACGACGAGAGCUCGGCCAAGGCGCGCUACUUUGGCUACAUUAAACAGGGCCUGUAUUAUGUGACCGAGAUGGAGCGCUUUGCACCGCCACGCAAACGCCCACGCACCGUAAUCAAGAACUACCGCCUGGUUAGCCUGAGGUCAACCACACCAGAGGAACUGUACCAGAGGAAGAUAGACAAUGAAGAAUAUGGCGAGGCCCUAUCUCUGGCCCAUGCGUACAAUCUGGACUCUGACCUUGUCUACCAGAGACAGUGGAGAAAGAGUACCGUGAGCAUCGCCUCCAUUCAAGAUUAUCUGAGUAAAAUCCGAAAGAGAUCCUGGGUGCUGCACGAGUGUGUGGAGAGAGUCCCAGAAAACGUGGAUGCGGCCAAGGAGCUGCUCAUGUACGGCCUCAAAGGGACCGACCUGGAGGCGCUGGUGGCCAUUGGGAACAGAGAAGACGAAGGCAGGUUUAUCAUGCCAGGUGAUGUUGACCUCGAUGACCUUCCCUAUGAUGAUUUAUUGUCUGAGGAUGAGGAGCUGCAUAUCAAAAGAGAACGAGAAAACAAGAAGAGACAAGAGCUGCUGGACAGAGUGGAUUUCAGCAGGUUGACCUUGGAGCAGAAGGAGCUGUGCCGUAGCCGUUUGAAAUUACUCUGCUACCUAGAUCGACUCGCCACAUACGAGGAGAUUCUUGGUGGGCCCCAUGCAGCCGAGCAGAAAUACGAUGCAGAGUUCUUCAAGAAGUUCAGAAGUCAAAAUAUUGUGAUGUCAGCGAGGGACUAUGCUCGGGAGAGUAAUGUGCAGGCCCUGGAUAUUCUCUUCACGUUUCAUGGAGCAGAGCUUCUCCAACAUCGCCUCGCUGUCCUCUGUAACUUUCCUGAAACAACUUCUCCACAUGAAUACACCAUCCUGCUGCCUGAAGCCACAAUGGACGACAAUGGCGACUUGGUGAUGAUUCCCUGGGAGGAACAGAGACACAGAGAAAUGGACUGGUGUGAAGCCGAGGAGUGCAGAGCUGUUUUAGAUCAGCACUUGUUUGACGAUGACGACUUCUUGUACGAGGAGUCCCCUGAGCUGCUGAGGUGAUCUGCUGCACCGUCCAUUCAGCUUCUGACCGACUGGUACCAGACCCGUGCCAAAGACAUUGAAUUCAACUCCAGACAGGUGGACUGCGCUUUGUCUCUGGUGCGGCUGGGAAAAGAGCGUGAGAUCCCUGGGCUGGAGAGCCUGUGUGAUGACCUGGUCACCAUGGAGACGCUGGUGUAUGAGACAUCGUGUGAAUUAAGUUUGACACUUAAAGACCUGCAGCAGCUCAGUGACAUCGACAAGCUCCGUCUGCUCAUGAAGAACUCGAAUCCGGAGCGAUAUGUGAAGGAUUGUUUCCAGUGGAUGGUCCCAUUUCUUCACCGCUGUGAGGGUGAGACGGAGGGCGCUUCCAAGUCUCUGCUCAGAGAAUAUCUGGUCAGCUUGUCCCAGCACGACCUCACCCUGCCCCUUAUCAUCUUCCAGCACUCCAAGCCUGACUGCCAACAGAAGAUCAUAGGAGACCCCGACCAGCUGAUGCAGGUGGCGCUAGAGAGCAUCUACAGCUGUGAGAGGGACGACCAGCUCAGCCUGUGCUACGACAUCCUUGAGUGUCUGCCACAGAGAGGCUACGGGCCAGAGACUGCCAUCACCCCCUCCCUUCACGACCAGGUGGACAAACUGGAGAAACACCUCAGUGUGGCAGAGGUCCUAGAAAAACAUGGUCUGCAGAAGCCCAUCUCAUUUGUGCAAAACAGCCAGACCAGUGAAGAAGAAGCAUAUCAGCUAAUGGUCAAGUUGUGUCGGCACACUGGACGCAAAAAACCUCCCGUGAGUGAGACUGUGUGGAGGGGGCUAUUGCAAGACCUACUUGACAUGCAGCAAAACGUCUACAGCUGUCUGAAGCCGGAGACUUGCCAUCAGGUUUUUGUGGAGUCCCUGCUGUGCUCCAGCCUGGUGGAGAACGUGCGCCUGGCGGGACAGCUCAUGCACUGCUCUAAGGUGAACCAGGAUGUUCCUGUGAGUUUGUCUUUCCGGGGUAAAGGCCAUGCCGUGAAAGUGCCCUAUGACAACAGUGUGGAAUUGGUGUUGGCUGCAGCCCGAGAAUACUUCAACUCAUCAACAACUCUAACUGACCCCUGCAUGCACCUCGCCAGGGCCUGUCUGCAGCUGAUCACAGACUGUCCCCGGGCCGUCCAAGAGGAGUUGGACCUCAUCAGCGCCCUUAGCCAACUCCAGGACUUCAAUGUCAACAUCCUGCCCCUUCAAGUGCGACUGAGGUCUGAUCGUCUGUCUCUCAUAAAAGAGUGCAUCGCCCAAUGCUCCAAGGCUUACAAGCAGUCUGCUACUCUGCUCAAUCUGGCCAGUCUCCUCCGAGUGGCAGGGGAUGAUGAGGCCUCCAGGAGAGGCCAGGUCUUGACCCUUUUGGCAGAGCAGGCGCUUCAGAGUCCAGACUUUAAGGCUUCUUAUAUCCACUGCCGCGAUCUGAUGUCUGCAGGUUACAGCCAGGCCUGGGAUGUGUGCAGUCAGCUCGGGCAGUGUGAGGAUUAUGGGGACCUACAAGCCCGGCAAGAGCUGUUAGCCUUUUCCCUCACGCACUGUCCUCCUGAUCACAUCCAGACGCUGCUAGCUGCCUCCAGUGAUCUGCAAACACAGGUGCUGUAUCAAGCAGUUAACUAUCAAAUGGAGCCUGAGAGCGGUGCACCAGGUGACGAGCCGGACGCUGCCAAAGUCAUUCCCCCGGCCUUAGGAUCUCCUGUGGGGAAAGCAGGUGAUUUACUGCAUAGAACCACAGCAAAAACCAUGGAGGUGCUAACUACAACAGGGCUGACCACAAAGGCUGUGCUCACCGCUGUUAGUGACCAUCGCUGGUGGAAGGAAUCAAUCAAUUAUCUGAGGCCACAAGGUCACGGAGCAGGAGCCACUAGUCGGGAAGGGGCGUGUGAGAACUCCAACCUGCAGCGUCAAGGCUGUAGCCCCUUUUAUCAAGAUCUUAUUGAUGAUCCCUAUGUCGACCCGAGUCAAGAUGUCCAUUCAUCUUAUGAAGACGUGUUGCAGGAAGAUUUUGCUGAAGUUUUGUUACGGACAGGGAAACUCGCUGAAGCCAAGACAGAGGGGCAGACUCAGUUCCCUGCCACAGAAGUUCUGCUGCAGCUGGCCAACGAUGCGUUUCCCAGGGACAUGAUGCUGGCUUUGUCCUACUUACUGGCCUUGCCUCAGGUACUGGAUGCCAACAAGUGUUUUGAAAAGCAGUGUCACUCGGCCUUGUCACUGCAGCUGGCCGCGUACUACUACUCCCUACAGAUUUACACACGCCUUGUACCAUGUUUCAAGGAUAAAAACCACACUUUGUACCAGGCCGACCCUAAGGAGAUGAUCCGAUUGGUCACACGGCACGUCUCCUCAUACUCAGGCUGGCCACAGGAGUUGCAGAAGCUGAUAGAACAGCUGCAGAUGUACAAUGAGCGUCUGAUGGACUUCACCCAGGCCCAGGUCCUACAGGGGCUCGGGCGCGGAGUCGAUGUGCCACGAUUCAGCUCCGAUGCAGACUACAAGAAAGAAACCAUCCUUGGACUAACCGAGACCCUGGAUGAUGGCGUGUACAAAAUUGCGCUGUCCCUGGCGAGGCGUUACAGUGUUCCUCUGUGGGAGGUCUACAUGACUCACCUCGAGUUCCUAUUUACCGAUAGCGGGCUCUCCACGAAGGACAUUGAGUCUCGCAGUGACUCCUUGGGCCUGUUUGAGACACUGAAGAGUGACCCUGAGGCGUUUCACAGCCACAUGAACAAGUACGUGCUGCCCAGUGUGGAGUCGUCCGAUAUGGCCCGCCUGCUGUACUACUACACCCUGCUGGACGCUGCAGGCUGCCACCCCUAUGUCUCCACGGCGAUCAAACCCGACACCCACGUCAAACUGCUCAAGAAGCUGCGAGCCGUAGCCAGCGGUCUGGACUAUCGCAAACUGACAGAUGAAACGUUAAACCCACUCCUCACCCUGGAACCAGUGCUCACCAGUCAGAAUGUCCUGUCCAUCUCCAAACUGGCCACGCGCUUGCCCAUGCCCGGGGGAGAGGGGCUCACCGUCUCUCCCAGUGCGGUCCACUCUGUCUGGCUAAAGAAGCUGUUCUGGAGAGGGGACCCCCAGCUGCUGAAGAGAGCCCCCCAGAACGACCAGGACUACCUCCACGCUUACGACACUUGCGCCAAAUACCUCGACAGGCUGGUCCCCAGUGACGCUGUGAACUUUUUGGACAACAUUACUUUCUCCCCUGAUGCAGUCGAACAUCUGAGCAUCUCGGCGAGGUCAGAGGUCAUAAAGCGGGCCUCCAAAGUGUUGCGGCAGCUGGCAGAGAAGAGUCGGAAGAGAGGAGGCGGAGAGCAGGAGGAGAAGGACCCAGCAGGGAUGAGUUUUGAUGAGGCUCUUUCUCACCUGCAGCAGUCCCAGUCCCACCUGGACACUCUGAGCCAGCCCUGCAUCGUGGCUCUGAGGGACAGUCAACAGGAGCAGCUGCAGGGGUACAGCCGACUUUACGAUCUGUCCCGAUCCGAGAGGCCCAAAGUUCACGAGCUGGCGGUCACCAUGGCGACAGAUGGGCACCCUCUGGAGCAGAUUGAAGAGGUCCUGAGGGUGGCAGUGGGACCUUUGGACCUGUCAGUCAAAACAGUACUCCAUGACGCUGUGGGGAGAGUGGUGGCUGCUCUGAGUGGAGAUUUGGAGGCCCUGACAAAAUACCCACAACCCCUGGUGGUGCUGGAAUCCAUGGUGACGGCUGUGCACAGGAGCGUACAGACUGGCGACAGUGAUGUGACCUCAGAUGACCUCUUGGCCUGGCUGCGUCCCUUUUGUGGAGACUCCACUCUGCCCGUUCCCCCUCGCAUUGCCGUGCUUCAGAUUCUCGAGAACAACUUCAGCCUUAAAGACAGCGACGUCAGACUCCUGCUUCUGUACAGGACCCAGGCUGUGCUUAAAGACAGAGAGUUCCAGAUUGAAGAUGUGGAGAAUGAAGAUAAAAGAUACGCCUUGUUCCUGGAGCUGCUCGGAUCGGCCCAAAAGUGGGAGGACUUCCAGGUGAUCAUUGUCCUGCUCCAAGCCUGGCCCCCCAUGAUCAAAGACGACGUAGCGGCAACGGAUCGUAACCCAUGGGUGGUGCUGACCUCCGCCGUGCUGACACGCUGUCAGGGGUCAGAGGUCGCAUUGGAUCUCGGUCAGCAGGUUGUCACCAUGGUCCGGUCGCUAUACAACACCAAGCACAAGCUCCCGGCUCAGUGCGUCAAGAGCAUAGUCACGGCGUUGCUGGAGCAGCCCAGUCUACAGCAGUCUGCCCUCAAGCUGAUGGCAGAGAGCGGAGAUAAGGAGCUGCUCAAACUGACCCUGGAUCAGGUCAACAGCAUGAGCAUGGACUGUGCCUCUCAGUGUGACGCUGAGCUCCUGUCUCUGCUGUUGGACGCGGGGCUCUUGGUGGGGUGUGUCUCUUCUCCUCUGUACCCUGUGCUCAGCUCCCACAUGUUGGCCCACCAGAGCGAGGGGGGCUGGGACGUGGAGCGCUCCGCCUCCGCCCUCCUGUCUGCGGGGCACGCUGCAGAGGCGGGCUCCCUGCUGCUGGCCCACAGGGGAACGCAUCAGUCACACUUCACCUUCAACACAGCGCUUGCCGUGCUCAAGAAGUGGCUCUGACACAAGAGCAGCUGCGCAUAGGCUCUCAGUGUGAUCAGGAGGAACGAAGGCCGUGCUACAAAAGAAGAUAUGGUUUUGGUCCAUUUACUUAUUUAUAUUAAAGUUGUGCUGUGUUACCUUUCUGUUGGGGGAUCCAUCACAUGUUUGUCUGCAUGGAGAUUUCAUUAUGCCUGGAAUGUUCCACAUUAUCGCAUUAAACCUAUCCAUCUUGAAUUUAUUACAGGUGUUGUUAUUGCCACAAUCUCCACAUAUCUGAUCUGGAACUUGCCCUAGAGAUAAGUUUUAUGCCAUACUGCAGAACAUUCCACAUAAAGCAAUAAAGUCUCCAUGGAAAUAAGCAGCUGGUAGAUCCACCAUCAGAAAAAUUACAUAGUUCACCUUUAAUAAAUCUUGGAUAAUUAUUUUUGUUGUUUGGGAUGAACAAAAUGUUGGCUUUUCUGUCCUAUUGCAGUGCUGCAAAUGAAGUAUACUGUAAUUAAUGCAAAUACUGAAUAGAUUUUUGAAGUACUUUAUAAACUUGUUAAUCUCUCUUAAGCCAUUAUCCUGGUCUCCCACACCAUGGUUCUCAGACAUUCUAUCAUAGGAAAAUGCUUAAUCUAUUUUUUUGACCUAUUAACUGUUAUUGUUACACCUCACUUAAAGCUAUGGCCACUUGUUGCUGUAUGUUAUCUUAUAAUUUUUCUGUUAUGCCUUAUGUAAUUCUAACUUGGACCAAAUUUCUUGUAUUGAAGAUAUAAUAAUGAAAGCUACUUUUUUUCUUGUCAGUCAAACACUUGUGUAGAGAUAACAUGUUUCCCUGUGUUACAUCAACAAAGUACGUCAGUAUUUGUCUGUCCUGAGACCUAUGACCUAUGACCUUUGCAGCCCAUAGUUACAGGCAGAUGCAACUAAAAUAAGGAUGAUUAAGCCUCUAUUCCCAGUACAGAUCUGUGUAAUUUCUUCACCAUCACAAUCUGACCAUUAAAUUGUUAGUUGUUAUUUUUCUCACACUUCUGGUACAUUGUCAACCAAAUAAUAAUAAGUAAUAAAACUGGGAAAAAUUAGUCCACUUUUGUGUUGAGCGUGAACAGCAAUGAAGCAGCCGUCAGCCUGUGCUCUGUAAUUGGGUUUGGUUGGUGAACAUGUCAACAACAGCUGUCUGCCUCCAAGCUAAAGCAAUGCCGGAUACCUCUAAUACACCCACAUCUGUUAUACUGAGAUCCUCCCCCUCAUUGCGGCGCAUGUACUGCUUGUCUUGUAGUAAUUGCAGUGGCCUGGAAGCAUAGGUGCACAUUUGCCUGUUGGUGCGUGGCAGGUUUGGUCUUUGCACAGUCCAGGCCUCUUCCCUAUUGUUUGCUAUUGUUUUCACCCUAAUAGUGGCUAAUUAAUUCUCUCUAAACAAAUGAGCCCCCGAUUGUGUUACAGGCAUGUGCUAAGACUACAGAGACUACAUCGCUUCACGCUGGGGUAAUAGUGGUGACAAAAACACAAAGAGCAUGCUUAGUUGGACUUUAGAAAUACAGCUUUGAGUUUGGAACAUGAGAAAUCUCUAAUAAACACUCAUAAAUCAUGA